AUGAUUAUCACAUCCAAUGUUGUUCGCCUGCUGGCGGCUCUCCCCGUAGUUGGAGCUACGGCUGUUGCAAGCAAGCCCUUUGACGUCAAGGGCCUCUCGCUUCGUGAGGUCGGUGCUCGAAACACUCUCGAGUGGCGCAUCUGGCUCGAGAAGGACGGGGAGCCCAUCUCCUUCUGGCAUGAUAUUCCUCUGUACCCCGACCCCGAGGACAAGAGCAUCAUCCACUACUACACCGAGAUCCCUCGGUGGACCGAUGGCAAGAUUGAGACAAAGCGCGAUGAGCCCCUCAAUCCCAUUUUCCAUGAUGAGAAGAAUGACCUGCCCCGCUUCGUCUACAGCGUGUGGCCUCACAAGACCUACCCCUUCAACUACGGCUCCAUCCCCCAGACAUGGGAGGACAAGAACCACGACCACCCAUUCACUGGCUAUCCCGGCGACAACGACCCGGUGGACAUAUUCGAUAUCAGCGAGCUACCGCCCAGCUACAUUGGCCAGGUCAAGAAGGUCAAGGUGCUGGGUGCCCUGGCCAUGAUUGACGACGAGGCCACCGACUGGAAGGUCAUUGCCAUUGACGUCGAGGACCCUGUUGCCUCCAAGGUCGAGUCCGUGGAGGACCUCGACAAGUACCGCCCUGGUGUCCGCCAGCAGAUGUACGACUGGUUCAUCUACUACAAGGUCGUCAAGGGUGACGGCACAAACACCAUUCUUGGCGAGGAUUACCAAAACGCCACCUUUGCUCAGCAGGUCCUCAGCGAGUCGCACGAUUACUGGCUGGAUCUCAUGAAGGGCAAGAGCAAGCCCGGCAAAAUUGUGCGCAACCAGACCUCCAAUGCACGCUUCUGCUCGACCUACAUCCCCAAGGAGGAAACGACAGAAGCUUUCAAGCUGCCCAGCGAGUCCGAGAUCCUCCCUGCCGCGGAGAAGCCCGAGGAGUACAGUCGGUGGUACUACCUCGACCCCGAGAACAACUGGGAGCAGAUUCAGGUCUAG